AUGAGUUUUUCUCCUAUCUUUAUCUACUACGUUUUUUGCGACACCCGGUAUAGUAGCGAUAAUGCGAAAAGGCGUUCAUUUAAAAAAAUACUGCAAAACCGGGCUAAUGAACUGAACAAGGCGUAUUCGAGGAAGGACUUGGAAAGGCUUAACCGCGAGGAGGCAUUAAAUACGGCAAUUGGACAAGAAAACAAAGGAUAUUCUUUACUGACGAAGAUGGGUUACAAACCUGGAAUGAAGCUUGGAAAGCCUAACAGCCUAUCGGAGUCAAGUGGCCUUGCGGAACCAAUUAAACCAGUGAUAAAACCAGACAAAGGGGGCUUGGGGCGCAGUGAUGACAAUGAACGUAAAAGACGGUUAUUGGAUCAUUUAAGAAAGGAGCUGUCGACAAAGAGGCAACAGCUGAACGAAGACUUCCUUAUCAGCCGCGACGAAUUUAGAGAAGUGGAGCAUUUUUUGAUGUUGUGGUCGUUGAAAUAUAUCACUGACGGGUAUGGGACAGUAUCAGCGCCAUGGACCACUAUAGCUGGCUCCUGUACCAUUUUCAUGCAUCACGUAAUAAGAGGUGAGGUAUCAGAAAUUGAAAUGUUAUUGUUUCAAAUCAUAGCAAAUUUGACUUGA